UCAAAAUCCGCGUCCGCUGCAGACGCUAUGGACAAGAGAAAGGCGUCGGGAAAGAUGCUGGUGCUGCUCUUUCCGAAGAUUCCCAAGACGGCCACCGUGCUGCUCGAGUUCUUCAUCAAGCGAGAGAGCAAGGUGUCCCUUCUGCGCGACCCCCUGUCCCACUUCUGCCAGGAGGAAGUUGUCCUCCAUGCGCAGGAGUGUCUGCUCAAGCUCAACAAGCAGGUGAUCAACUACCAAGACAUGCGCGACAUGGUCGAGAACCUAAUCGGACUCCACACCAUGUGCAUCAAGAAGGAUCCUGAUGUGGCUAAGUCCCUCGGUGCCACUGUGCGCAAGCUGACCAUCAUCAUCGGCGAGGUUGCCACCUCUCUAGAAAAGAUCGCCGAAGUCCCCGUCACGGAUUGGAUGGCCAUCGGUGACGCCAUAGUUAACAAGGUCGAACGGAUGAACCUUCCGAAACAGCCUUCAUUCGUCAAUUUCAUUCCGAAAAUUCGGGACUUCAAGAAUAUCAAAAUGCUCGGCGCUGGAGGCUUCGGGGCUGUCUAUCUGGCUAACUAUCGGCCGGCCAACUUCAUCGCCACCGUUAAGCUUGUGGCCAUGGAUCGCUUCCAGAGACACAAGCAGGCUGCCAUGGACAAAGUGGUCGCAUCCGUCAUCAGGAACCCUUUCCUAGUCAAGUAUUAUAGCUGCUUUUGCGUCAAGGAGGCAUACGUUACCAUCAUGGAGUACAUCGCUGGACUGGACCUGAUGCACGUCGUCACCAAGGAAGCGUAUCUGGAGAUCGACGCCGUGCAGAUCAUCAUGGCUCAGCUAAUCCUGGCCGUCGAACACAUGCAUCUGCGCGGCUUUCUUCACAGGGACAUCAAGGUGUCGAACAUACUGAUCCUACCUGGUGGACGCAUCAAGGUGAUAGACUUCGACACAACCAAAGUCUGCAAUGGGCACUUUACCAAGCACCCUUUGCGUGGCUACUUCCGGAGGACUCCCUUCGAGUUCCACGACGGAGAAUCCGCCGGCACCAUUCCUUACAUGGCCCCCGAAAUACUCAAACGGAGGCCAUACGGGCGGUCAGCAGACUGGUGGUCAGUGGGCAUCGUGAUGUACAAGUUGAUGACUGGUCGUGUCCCAUUUCGUGGCAAGACGAAACAGAUGCUUCGCGAGCGCAUCAUCACGGCUCCACUCAAGUGGCCCCGUGUCGAAGAGCACAAGCACUCGGCCACCACGCCGGCCAAGGACAUGACCUACCGGAUGCUCAAGAAAAAUCCCGUCGAGCGUCUCGGCUCUGUGAACUACAACGAACUCAAGACGCACCCGUUCUUCGAUCGGUUCAACUGGCGGGUGCUGUACACCAAUACGGACCUCUGCGACAUUCCCAGCAUAGCCGAGAUUCUCAAAAGCAACGCUGAAAAGGGUGGCAAGGGUGGCGAUCCUGAGGACAAGCGUCGCCACCAGAGGAUCGAGGAAAUGAUUGACGUCACAAACGAGACUCAAAAGCCCUUGCUCUGCUACUCAUCGUCUAGCUUCAAGAAGCUUAUGACAAAGGUAAAGCGCAGUAAAACGGCCAUUAAAGUGAGUGAAACCUUCAUGGAAACAAGCGACAUAACGUCCUCUGGGAUCAAGUACGAGGCCAAUACUCAAGGUGCCCCUUCCUCUAAGGGUGGCACGAUGACUGGUUCCGACGGAAAGAAUAGUCAAACCUUGGGGCCGGAAAAAAUCGAACUGAUCGUCACCCGGAAGAAGAAAUUUUUUGUCUAUGGCAGUUUUGGAUUUACUGUUCAGAGAGCCAAAGGCGAAGAAGGCGCCAACUUUAUUUAUGUGGAGGCUGUCGAAAACCAAAGUCCGGCACAAAGGGCCCAAGUCCUGCCGCUGGACGUGAUCUUGGCCGUAAACGGUGUGUCCCUUGCCGACGCCUCGGUGGACAAGGUCAACAAACUCGUCGCCAGCUCGGCAGACAAGAUAGUGCUUUCUGUGAUGACAUCCAGCUCAUACCGGGUGCUGACGACUCAAAGGGACGCGUUGAGUUUGGUACGCAACGCCCAGAAGGAGACGGUGGUGCUGUCGAGUGCACCCACGUCGCACGGAGGCAACAGGCCCUGCGGCCUGGGCAUUUUGGACGUCAACGUCAUGGAUGACAAGAACAAACAACGCGUGAGGCUCUUCGUCCUCACGCAUGCCAACGUGACGUCCAAGAACAUGAAAAUGGUGUACCCUGGUGACGUGGUGACUCACGUAGACGGCACCAGCCUGGACGUCUUAUCCCGAGAUCAGGUGCUGCAGCUGCUAAGCACGGCCAAGAAAGAGGUCACGCUAACGGUGGUGCCGCUGUCGCCUAUGCGCGUCAAGCGCAUAAUAAUCAGCAAAUUUCACGAGACCGCCAUGACGGACACCAACGUGGCCAGCAAAUCAACAGGAGCCAACAUUGAGACCAGCUGA